CCAGGGAACCCCACAUCAGUAAGGAACCACGAUGCUCCUUAAGGAAAGGACCCCAGCCCAGGACAAAUGAUGGAGCAUCGCAGACAAGGGUUGCCCACUGAAGGGUGAGACAUGCAGUAGGAGCCAGUGCUUCCCACCACAGAGCGAGACUCGGCCGUGCCACACAGCCUGGGGCACCUCGGGAGGGACAGGACAUGCACCACCUCAGCUGCCUCCUUUUGGGACUCUUCUUCAUCCUCAGCAUCACCACUAUGGGUGGCUUUGCCCAGGCAGGCCGCAGGGUGUGCGCUGUGACGCCGCAGAGCCGCACGGCUGCCCGCGCCGAGUCCCACGUCCAGCCUGUGUACCAGCCCUACCUCACCACCUGCCAGGGCCACCGCCUCUGCAGCACCUACAGGACCAUCUACAGGGUUGCCUACCGGCAGACCUACAGGCAGCUGCCCCAGUCCAUGGCUUCAUGCUGUCCGGGCUGGAGCAGAGCUGACAGCCAUGCACUCAGCUGCAACAGAGCUGUCUGCUGGAUGCCGUGCCAGAACGGUGGGAGCUGCACCUUCCCUGGCAGAUGUGCCUGCCCACCCGGCUGGACGGGCAGAGCCUGCCAGACAGAUGUGGAUGAAUGUGCUGGGCAGAGCCACGGCUGCCAUCAGCUCUGCAUCAACACCGCUGGGAGCUACCACUGUGCCUGCCAGGAUGGCUUCAGCCUCGCUGCCGACCACAGAGCGUGCCAGCCCCUGCUGCCAGCACCUGAGCCAGAAACCUUCAACCAAGCAGGUCCCCACAGUGAAAUGAAGGAAGAAAUGAAAGACCUGAAGAGCAGAGUGGAAGCGCUGGAGCAGAAACUCCAGUUGGUGCUGGCUCCCUUCCACGACCUCAUGCCCUCUGCACCGGAGGACGUCGGCACAGACCCCAUCAGCCGCCUGGCCCACUCCCUGCAGCAGCUGGACAGAAUCGACUCCCUGAGCGAGCAGAUCUCCUUCCUCGAGGAGAGACUGGAGACAUGUUCCUGCAAGAAUGAACUUUAACCAAGUGCCUGAGGAACUGCAGCAAGCUGAGUGCAUCCACAGCUCUUAUCUCAUCCUCCAGCCCCGGGCUGGGGACAAGGCCACAUCAUCUGCAGGAAGGCACAGGGUAGCAGGAGAAGGCUGGUUUCCCAUCAGCAUCUCCAUUGUUUUCUCUUCCAACUCACCAAAGGUCACACAGCUACUUCCAAACUGGACUCUGAGCCCUCAGCAUCUCCCCCCCCCACCCCUUCCUGCUGGAGAGGCAGCAAAUAAAUGCCUUCCCCCAUGCCACCAGUGCCCAGCUGGCUGUGCCAGAGCCUGGCUGUAUGUGAAGCCCUGUGCUGCUUGGCUGUGCCUGCUUUUCACUCGCUGUUUGCUUGGGACAUCAUCUGCCAGGGCACAGGGGUGGGUGUGCUGCCUGCCCAGUGGAGCACAGACCUGGCCUGGGCAGGACAGCAGCUUGCCCCCACCU